GGUCACACUGAACGCUUAUGUUUAUCAAAACAACGUGUUGUUAUUAAAUUAUGGUUUUGAUUUCUGACGCAUUUGGCCUGGAAAUAUCCCCAAACGGGAUCCUGGUUGGUCAUGGCGAUCAAGCGGUGGUAUAUAGCUCAAAAGACAAAAUCGAGUUGCCGGUUCAACUGCGCGAGGGAAAAGUUCGAGGAUUUGCGUGGAGUUCCUUGCGUAAAUCGCAAAGAUUAUUAUUGCUAUAUAGCGAGAACGAAUACUCCCUGAUUAGGUGUACCACCAGCUCCGGAAAGGAUCUCUUUCAGCUCGUUUACGAGGGCGAAACCAAAGAUUGGAUUAAUGCCGCUCUGUUCUUGGACGAUGAAAACGAAUCGGAGGAUCGCAAACGAUUCGUUCUUCACACAUCGCACAGUGCUCUCCUUUAUAUGGAAUAUGAUCUAACGUCGAAUGCAGAUUGCACUGUCUUGGAGCUGGCUCGAUGCACCGACAGUUCCAUACUCUAUUACACUAAACUCCAUGGUAGUUCCUUUGAUAAACUGGCUAUCAUAAGUGGCAAUGCCUUUGGAGAACUUUUGGUAUGGCAAACGCAGUUUCCCACAGAAUCCGAUCCAAAAUCUGUAAUGAAAACAUAUCCCCUGCUCUUGCGCCUUGAAGCGCACAAUGGAGUGAUCCACUCAAUUGAGUUUGACUUGGAGUCGCAGUUACUGGUGACCACAUCGGAUGAUCGUUCGGUCAAGUUUUGGAAUAUACAAAAGCCGGGCGACUGGACAACAGCUCAAAUAAAGCCCAUGUUCAGUUGUUACGGACACAGUUCGCGUGUUAUGUGCGUUGUUAUACUUAAAAUCGAUGACCGUACAUUUGUGGCUAGCGGCGGUGAGGAUUCCUACGUCUGCAUCUGGAGUUCUUUUGGUGAAUUAAUCCUGAAGCGUCGUCAGCAAUUCGGAGCGCCAAUUUGGAGGCUAGGCUUCAGCCAGGAUACGCAAGUCCUCUAUAGCACCAGUUCAACGGGCAAUUUGGUCGGGCAAAAUCUUAAAGAAGUUCUUAAUCGACCCAAAAUCGAAUCCGCCAUGUUAAGCAGUCUGGGCGAUGUAAAUGAAUUCGUGAGAAAUCUAAAGUUUGUCAAUAAUGAGAUAAUUGUGGGUUUGAGUAGCUCAAACCGCUUGCAUUACACCCGAAUAUCCACGGAUUCUUCGCAUGAGAAUGAGUGGCUCAUGGUCAAUGACUUUCCGUCGUACAAACGCACUGUUUUGGAAGUAUUUGAUAACAUUAUAGCCACCUGUGGACAUCGGCGCAUAACACUGCACAGGUAUAACACAGAUACAAAUGAUUUCGAACAACUAUUCGAUGGCAUUAGGAUGAAGGGCACUAUACGCUCAUUCAAAUUCCUAAGCAGAGAUCGUUAUCUAGUGUCCGAUAAUUUGGGCUACUGCCUGCUACUGCAAACCCACCAGCUGCAUAUAGAGUCGCACAUCGCACUAUUCAAUAACCGCGAACCGUGGAUAACUGCGGCCCUGCUCAUUUCAGAGCAAUAUCUAUUGUUGGGCAACCGCGAGGGACAUGUGAUGCUCUACUACCGCAGCAGUGCCAACGACGACUUCCAAUUGAAGGACUCCAUUCGGUAUUUACACGGUAAAAUGGGCUCGAACUUCUUUAAGUUGUUCAGUCUUAAUGCGGACAAUGCCCAUGUGAUGAGUGGUGGGCAUGAGGCAUUUUUAAAAUACCUAAAUGUGAGAUUCUCUGACUCAACACUAAGUGUUAGCCAACGUGAGGGCAUUCCAUUGGCUUGGGUCGAAGCAUCUCCCUCGCAGGACUUGAUCUUGGGCUUCAACGACAAUCACAUUGUGGCCUGGUCGCGACGAAAUGAUGUCCUCCUGCAAUUGGCCUGCGGCGGAGGCCAUCGCUGCUGGGACUUUCGAUUGAGUAAUGCUGAUAGUCAACUUUCCAUAGCGUAUGUGAAGCAAAAGCGUGUGUACUUCUAUCGCAACUCACUCUACAAUGCCGUUGACAAUCGGAUUAAGGAUAUCAAACCCAAUAACUGGCACGUACGAAAUUGCAAUGUCCUUCGACUCAUUACGCCGAGAAAUCAAUCCGAUCCCUUUAUUCUUUCCGCUGGCGAUGAUAAUAUCAUAAAAGUCACCCAAGUGACCAAGGACUCAUUGUCUCAACGUGCGGAAUUGCAUUCCCAUAUCUCAACAGUGCGAAGUUUGCAGGCGAUUCCAUACAAAUCGAGUGGCGGCGACUCCAGUACUUGGCUUGUUUUCUCCGUCGGCGGACGAUCGCAAUUGUGCAUUAGCCAACUUAGCAUAGAUGCGAGCAAUAAAUGCUGGAUUAGUGAACUAUCCAGCCACACACUGCACAACGUGGUCGCAUCCAAAACGGGUACCAUUGAAGCGCGACUGAUGGCCAUAGAUGUUGUGGAGCAUUCGGAUGAGGAUCUCUUUUCCAUAUAUGUUGCAGGCGGCGAUGGAAAUAUAAGGCACUAUAUGUGGAAGCUUGAUACACCCAAUCAACUAGAUCUAAAACAUUUUGUAGAUAUGCAGAGAUGCCCACUGGGCAUUCAGUGGAUUGCGAGCAAGGGAAUGCUGUUGGUAUCCACAACAAGUGGCGAAAUCUACGGCUUUGAUCGUACCCUAGAAACGACAUAUGUUCAGCUUCAGUUGCACGUAACUGGUAUAAAUACCAUAGAUAUAUAUGUGGAUAGGCAUCUUUUGCACAUUCUAUCCGGCGGGGAUGACGAAAGCAUUAAGUACACGGUACUCAACCUGAAUAACAAUAAUGUGGAACAACAAACCGAGUACUCGGGUCUUCACAAUGCCCAAGUUAAUGCCCUGGCCAUACAUUGUCCCACCAAAAGUGUCGCAGCAUCCGGAUUGUUCGCCUAUACCUGCAGCAUAGAUCGGCAGAUCUAUAGAAUAGAUCUCAGCACGCAUAAAUAUAACCGGGUUGGUUAUACGUGCAUAGCAGACGUGAAAGGAAUGCUCCUGGAUGCUCAUCAGCGAAUGUAUUUCUACGGAUGUGGACUGCAGACUGUGCGCUUAAGUGAUAUACUUUAGGAGACUUUACUCCUUCGUGUAUCAUUGGCACUUUUGUACAUUUGUUGUGUUGUCUAGUGUUUAACUGCCUCAUCUGUCAUUUGUUAGAUUAGUUAUAACUUGAGAAGUGAGUGGCGUUAAUUUGUAUAUUUGUAUUUAAAUAA